AUGGGUGAUGCAGACUUGUUGAGGCGUCUCUUCCAAGAGAACAAUGAGCUCAAGGUCAAGGUCAACUCGUUGAGUCGAGAGAUCUUCAACCGAGGUGUCCAAUACGAGAAUGCGGAAGAGGAAAUUCGUCUCAUCAAGCUCAAAUUGGAGCAAGCUGAACGUGGCGCCUUGUCCACCCCUGGCAAAUCUUCGGAUGGUCAUAAACUCGGUCACAACUCAUCGCAACAAGUCAGCAAAAUCAAUGACACGGAUAGCUCUGGUGUUUCCAAAGAAUUGGAAGAAGCUAUGCGCUUACUGGACCGAAGAAACUCUGAGCUAAAGCAGAUGAGAGAAGAUCUGAGUCGGGCACAUGCGAACGCGGAGUCACUUCGACUUGACAAAGAAAAAAUCGACAAGGAACUCAAUGGUGCACAGGCGGAACUGGUAGAACUACACGCAUUCCGUACAUCAUCGCAGAAGCAAAUGGAUGAGCAACGUCUGGGUCAAUCGAAAGAUGGUGUAUCAGUCACGCACGAAGAGUUUCUGCAAACGAAAUUACAACUGCAAAGCGCUGACCGCACUGUAGAGGGUCUAAAGCGACAGUUGCUCGAGCUAGCCAAUGAAUCAAAUCGUAAAUACAAUGAACAGCAGAAUCAGUUACAGGGUGCCGAUGCACUGAUAGAGAGUAUACGUCGAGAAUAUGACGAAUUCAUACAAAUCACGAAACUCGAAAAUGAUGCCAUUCGAGAAGCUCAGCUAGCUGAAUACAAUGAACUGAAAUUGACGUCGGACAGAAUCAAAAUGGAAGCUCAUGCAGAGCGCAAACGAUUAUUGCAUGAAUACCAGACAAUUCUAUACUCGAUGCAAGCUCAAUUUGAGGAAUUCAGAGUCACGUCCGAGUUCGUCUACAAUACAGAUAUGGACAAGCUGGCGGAUGCUAUCAAGAGUCAGUCGCAAAGAUAUGAACACCAGCUGCUAUAUGUCAUACAAGCCAAGGACAAGUUCUAUUCAGACAUGAUGGUUGCCAAAGAUGCCAAAAUCAUGUCCCUUAUCGAAGGAUCCGACAUGCAGUCCAUCAUGCAAAAGCAUGAAAUGGAGAUGGAAGCAAUGCGAAAGGAACACAUUCGAGAAAUUGAUAGAGUUCGUCAAGAGCAAGAUUCAGAGCAAAAGUCUCUUGUUUCACUAUUACAGAGACAAAGUGCAAACCUUGAAGCCAAGUGCGAUAAGCUGCAGCAACACUCCAAGGCUCUUGAGAGUCGAUUACGAGACAUGAUGACGACGGUUGAAAACAAGAAUAGACUGAUUGCUGAGAAGGACGAGGUGAAAGCUCAACAAGAUUCGGAAUUUUCGACCAAGAUCGAAGAUGCAUCACGCAAGAUGCGACUACUGACGCAAGAAAAGGAACAUUUACGACAUCGCAUAAUACGAAUGAACUUGGAUGCUCGUGGUGAAGGGGACAAUUCACUAGACUCCAUGGUCAAACGUCUCACACGAGAAACUGCGGGUCUUCAGAGUCUCUAUGACGACCUGGCAUCUAAAUACGAGACCACUCUCGCCGCCGAACAAGUGGCUACUCGUCGAGCCAAAGAAAAGGCAAAACUGGUUGAAUAUCUAGAAAAGGAGUGUGCCAGGCGGAAUGCAGAGUAUCAGAGUAUGGUUCGAACCUUUGAAGAGUUCUUGCAAAGGAGGGCGAAGCAAGGGCGAGAUGACGCUACUCGUCGUAGUCGGUUGUUGAGUGGCAUCCACGAAACAUCCAAUACGUCAAAACCGGAUUUCAUGGCCGAUCCAAAAGGAAUCCUGAAAGCACACAUUCCCAAACCUGGCGACGCAUCACCAAGCAUGGUCUCUCCCACAAACUCCACCGCCCUAGACAAAUCCGAGCUCGAACGUGGAUACACCUACCUGCGUCGUUUCAAAACACUUUCACGAGCAUUCGCCACAGGAGACCUAAGAGCAGUGCAUUUGCCAGGUGCUCCACCAUCUGCCGAAAGCAUCCCGGGCCCAUGGCAAAAGAUACCGCUGUACAAGCAGUUGGAGGAUGUUUCAUUGGCUGUUGCCAAGAUAUACGAGCCGCCACCGGAACUGUCCUCUGCUGCUGAUGGACCUCAUGAGGGAGGUGGUACGCGGACCAAGAUACCGGUGUAUAUGCCGGAUACGAACGAGAACAAGUCGAAAUUGAAACAAAUACCUGAUGUGAAACUCUACAAGACCAAAGAGGCUAAUCAAAGGAGCUCGAAGAGCGAGGAGUCACAGGACUCACCAGUAAAAGACGACUUCCUGUGUGUGGUCGGAGGCAACAAAAAAUCACGUUAA